AUGCUCGUCGACACUGACGUCCUCAUCAUCGGCGCCGGGCUAUCCGGCGUGGGCUUCGCAAUUCGUCUCCAGCAAAAAUACCCACGCACAUCCUUCGAGAUCUACGAGAAGGACGAGCAGCUCGGAGGGACAUGGUGGGCGAACACGUAUCCCGGCUGUGCUUGCGAUGUCCCCUCCCACCUCUACUCGUACUCCUUCGCGCUCAACCCCGACUGGAGCGCGCAGUUUUCGUCCCAGCCCGAGAUAGCCGCGUACUGUCGGGCCGUUGCAGAGGAGCACGAUAUCCCGCGGCACAUCACAUUCCGCUCGACCGUUCAGGCGGCGGUGUUCGAUGAGCCUUCGGGGACGUGGGCUGUCCGCAUCCUCGACCAGCAGACGGGACAGAUCUAUGAGCGGCGGGCGAGGGUGCUUAUCUCCGCUGUGGGCUUGCUCUCGGAGCCGAAUGACUGUGAGAUUCCCGGGGCUGAAGAGUAUAAGGGACGGCUUUUCCAUAGUGCACGUUGGGACCAUGGGUUCGAGUGGGAGGGGAAGGAUGUCGUUGUUGUUGGGAACGGCUGCAGCGCAACGCAGUUCGUCCCUAUCCUAACCAACACCCCCGGGAGCGCCAAAAGCGUUACGCAGUUCAUCCGGCAGCCUCACUGGCUCGAGCCCCGGCCAAACCCUGUAUACCCGGCCGCCGUCAAAUGGGUAUUCCGGCAUGUUCCCCUCGUGAUGCGAUGUUUCCGAUAUGCGAUCUUCCUCUAUCUGGAGAGCUACUUCAGCACAUUCAAGGUCGUGGAAGGGAGAAAGACCCGUGGACAAAGAAUGAGGUCCCAAAUCGCUUACUUGAAAAAAAUGGCGCCGGAGAAGUAUUAUGAUAUGCUGAUUCCGAUGAUGGAACUGGGCUGUAAGCGGCGAGUCAUGGAUACGGAUUACCUUGCUUGUCUGCACAGGGAGAACAUGGAGCUUGUUCGGCAUGAUCCGAUUGAGCGGAUUACUGCGCACGGCGUGAGGACAGAAUCGGGCAGGGAAGUCCACGCGGAUGCAAUCGUCCUCGCAACGGGAUUCAAAGGGUCCCAGCCUCUGUUCCCUCUGGGAAAUGAGAUCCGCGGCGAGGGCGGCGUGAGUAUAAUGGAAGAUCAGCACAGCGCACGCCCCCAACGCAUACUACGGCACCUGCGUCUCGCACUUCCCAAACCUCUUCAUCCUCGUCGGACCGAAUACAGCGACGGGCCAUACAUCCGUGCUGUUCACCGCGGAAUGCCAGAUCGAGUUUACGCUCAAGGUGCUCGAUCCUAUACUGGCUUCUCUGCACCCAUGCCCAUCCAAGCCAUCCGUCGUAUCGAAGCUGUUCCGGUUCAUCUCGAAGCCGUUCACGCGCCGUCAGAAGACAGUGAACAAGCCGAAUAUAGUCUGCCUUACACCCCUCGCAGAGGAAAAGGAGAGCCAGUGGGUUGA